ACGACAGACCGUAUUCCAUCUCGCCAAUAUGGCAUCCCCCAUUUAGGAGGCGGCCGUGGUUUCUACCCAGAUAGCCGGGGGCAGUGCUGAGCUCCGGCAGUUGGUUGUGUCACCCGAAGCGCUGAAAGCUGCAGUUAACGUGCUUUUCUGGUCACGCUUCCAGGAACUCACCCUCCUCUGAGAGUCAGGAGUUGCCGCUUUCUUCUAGUUCCUGCAAGUUCUUCCUCUGCCCCUGGUUUGUUCCUCGUGCCACCUCCGGACACCCCCAAGUCCCUGACAUUCCCAGACUCAAACUAUGAGCCUUCGGCAGCUGCUGUUGCGCUUGCCCCGUUAUCUCGGGGUGUCGGGUUCCCCGCGUCGCUGGUGGUGGUCCCCGUCCCUCGAUACCAUCUCCUCGGUGGGCUCCUGGCGUGGUCAGUCCUCCAGGUCCCCGGGCCACUGGAACCAAGUGGUGUCAGAGGCAGAGAAGAUCGUGGGCUAUCCCACGUCUUUCAUGAGCCUCCGCUGCCUGCUGAGCGACGAGCUCAGCAACAUCGCUAUGCAGGUGCGGAAGCUGGUGGGGACUCAGCACCCUCUGCUUACCACGGCCAGGGGGCUCGUACACGAUAGCCGGCACAACCUCCAGUUGCGGGGCUUGGUGGUGCUACUUAUUUCCAAAGCAGCUGGGCCCAGCAGCACGAAUGCUUCAUGUCAGAACUAUGACAUGGUCAGUGGGAUCUAUUCAUGUCAAAGAAGUUUGGCAGAGAUCACGGAACUUAUCCAUACUGCUCUCCUCGUGCAUCGUGGCAUAGUAAAUUUAAAUGAGCUGCAAUCUUCUGAUGGACCACUGAAAGACAUGCAGUUUGGAAAUAAAAUAGCUAUCCUGAGUGGAGACUUUCUUCUAGCAAAUGCCUGCAAUGGACUAGCGUUGCUGCAGAACACCAAGGUUGUGGAACUUAUAGCAAGUGCUCUUAUGGACUUGGUACAAGGGGUAUAUCAUGAAAAUUCUACUUCAGCAAAGGAAAAUCAUAUCACAAAAGAUAUUGGAAUAUCGACUUGGAAGAAGCAGGCUUUUCUCUCCCAUGGAGCUUUAUUAGCAAAGAGCUGCCAAGCUGCCAUGGAAUUAGCAAAGCAUGAUGCUGACGUUCAGGAUGUGGCAUUUCGGUAUGGGAAGCACAUGGCCAUGAGUCAUAAGAUAAAUUCUGAUCUCCAGCCUUUUAUUAAAGAAAAGACCAGUGACUCCGUGGCUUUUAAUCUAAACUCAGCUCCCGUAGUCUUACAUCAGGAGUUUCUUGGAAGAGAUUUGUGGAUUAAGCAGAUUGGAGAGGCUCGAGAGAAAGGAAGAUUAGACUAUGCUAAGAUGCACCUCUGUCCUCAUCUUUUUCUUUUGUCCUGGGUUUGAAGACAUUCGUCAGUUGAAUCUCUCAUCUCUGAGAUUUCUUAGGUCUUUCAGUAGCUGGAAAGGACCAUUUGUGUGCACUGGGAGCAUGAAGAGGACCGAGGUAAGUGGAUGCCUCUGUCAAGGUGCUCUAGACUGGAAACUGGGUUUCCAGAGUGAGGAGGAAGACGGAGAGGGGAAGUGCCGCCAGAGAUAUCAGGCAGAACGCGUGAGAAAUCUGCUGGCGGGGAGCAGGCUCAGUGAGGGUGUCGUGCAGUAAUUUGUCCAAAAGGGCAAUACUGUGUUCGGAAUGGGAGUGGUGGUGGCCUUAAAAUGCAGAGGAUACCGGAAGCCAGACCUAAGGCAGGUUGGGAGCUGUCUCCUCCCUGACGACCUGUAACGGGCUGUUUCAUCCUUAAAGUCCCCUCUUCAUGGAAUUUAUUUUCAUCUUUACAGUUUUUAAUUCAUUCCUUAUUUCUGUUUCCUUUGUCUUCUCUUAAUAUUACGCCAUCUUUGGGGACUAUUUGAGAGCACUUGUCCUUCUUUGACAUACUGCCGUGAUAUUUUCAUGCCUCUUAUUUUUGUCAUCGUCUCCUUCCCCUGCGCACCCCCCAUCAGUCUUCAGCAGAUUCUGAUGAGGUUGUUUCUGAACAUUUUUCUGUGAGGAAUGGCACUUUAAAAACAUGUGUGACAAGUGUCCUGGUGAUAAUACAGACUUAGGGGUGGAUUGCCACACAAUUCUCACAGCUUUCUACCUCUCCUUUGUCAGCUCCUUCAAAUCAGGGAUAGCAUCCGGUCUCCACAGUGCAGCUCUGUGCAGAACAGCUGCUCGGCCCAGGCUCAGCAAUGGAGGAGGCAAAAUGCUGCUCCUUUAUACCUGGGCCUUUUCCAGUCUGAGCCCCAAGAGACCUUAUUCUGUAGCUGUUUAUUUUGGGCUCUUUUAUAAUUAAUGAUGACCAUAGUUGAAAUUUAGUUUUUUCAGAGGCUCUCAUCCCCCUUGAACGAUUUCCAUUUAUGAUCGCUUGGAAUCAUGGCAGUCUUUUCACUAAUUUUUAAAUGUGCUUUCCUAAUAUAUGGUCUGGGUGUCCAAAACCAUGCGUGCUGGUCCUUUCUUUCCCUGAGUCUAGUACCAGGUUGGAGUCCUUUAUCAUUACGGCAUGUUGGUUUCUGCCAUCUUCUUAAUCCCCGUUAGGGAAGCAUGGUCCACUUCUCCACUCGAUUAGGAGAUGAGUGGUCUCUUUCCGUAACAGCAUGGCUGCCAUUUGUUAACUCUCCUCCUUAUUCAAGUGUUUUCAACCAUUACAAACAAACAAACAAACAAACAAAACCCUUUAACAUACUGCUUCGACUUCCCUAGUCUCUAUUAUCCAGUUCCUACAGAGCAAGGUCUACCCUAAUUUCCAGCUGAGUUUCAGCAUCCCCAUUCUCUAUGGCACUUUCUCUGUUUGGGCAAAGGAAAACUUGGGGUUCUCUCCAAUUCUGUUCCAGUGCUAUAGAGAGGAACAGCUCUGGAUGUGCAGAAAUGAAACCCGGGCCAUUUCUCAGAUUUGCUGUUGGCUCU